CCCGGUCAUUUUACAGUCAUAUCAAAUUGCGAACGUGUAACCACGAGCGCUCAGCGCUCGGUGGUCUUGCCACCCAAUCGCAGAAAACAUUUGGACCCAACAUCGCCGAUUGCCGACAACGGGUCGUGGAAUUGUUUGUAGCGGAGGAAAGUAUAUUUUAAUUCAUGGAGGCCUCACAGGAUUGAGGAUAUUGGCAUUCUUCCGCGAGGUUGGCUCAGCGCUCAACGUCAACUAUAUGGACGUGUUCAGGCACGCAUACAAUGGCAGUCGGACGAAUUAGCGAUAUCUAUCUGCGAAUAGGCCUCGGAGUACUAGUCGGACAUGUGUCAAUGGGACGCAGUGUGAAGUAUUGUCGUACCUUUUCAGGUUUGAUGCAGCCUCUGCACUACCAUGUCAAGCCUCGUUCUGGCCCGGUCAAGCACCACUUAUACCGUAUGACAAGUUCUCCCUACAUCUUCGCAGCCCCUGUGCUAAUGUCAACCUCUACACUUACCUAUGCCGUGUCAAGCUUAAGGCCCAUUCGCAUGCCACGUCAAGCAGAUUGUGCCGCGUCAGGCCUCAUUCAUGCUGCACCUCGUGUGUCUAUGGUAUUAUUUAUUUAUUAUUUGGGCGUUCUUUCAGCCUGUGCGUUUUGUUGAAAGUUUGUUGAUCAAGAAUGGCACGUUUUGAGAGCUCCCACGUUUGCAC